UCGCCGCUGCUGCUUGGGGCACCGCGCGGCGUGGACGCGGGGAGCGUGCCGGCGGAGCUGCGGGUCCGUGUGAGGCUGCCCGACGGCCAGGUGACUGAGGAGAGCCUGCAAGCGGACAGCGACGCCGACAGCAUCAGCCUCGAGCUGCGCAAACCCGACGGCACUCUCAUCUCCUUCACUGCGGAUUUCAAGAAGGAUGUGAAGAUCUUCCGAGCCCUGAUCUUGGGGGAGCUGGAGAAGGGGCAGAAUCAGUUCCAGGCUCUCUGCUUUGUCACCCGGCUGCAGCACAAUGAGAUCAUCCCCAGUGAGGCUAUGGCCAAGCUCCGGCAGAAAAACCCCCGUGCGGUGCGGCAGGCUGAAGAAGUGCGGAGUCUGGAGCAGCUACACAUGGACGUCGCCGUGAACUUCAGCCAGGCGGGCCUGCUGAGCCCCCAUCUCCACAACGUGUGUGCCGAGGCCACUGACGCCAUCUACACGCGCCAGGAGGAUGUCCGCUUCUGGACGGAGCAGCGAGGUGUGGACGGUUCAAUAUUCGAGGCCCUCCCCAAGGAGCAGAUGGAGUUGCCCCGCUGUGGGCAAGUGAGGGACCGAGGAAAGCCCUGUGCCUGCCGCUACAGUCUGAGCCUGGCCUGGUACCCUUGCAUGCUCAAGUAUUGCCACAGCCGUGACCGGCCAGCACCCUACAAGUGCGGCAUCCGAAGCUGCAGGAAAAACUACAGUUUUGACUUCUAUGUACCCCAGAGGCAGUUGUGCCUCUGGGAUGAGGACCCCUAACUGUGGGGAGCUUGAACCAAGGAGAGCUGCUUGGGCCCCGCAAGUUCUUCACUGGCCACCAGAGGAUGUGGCAACCCUAUCUGGGGCCUUAGGUCCCUUCCUGUGCCUCAGACGCUGAAACCAUGGCCUCAUUUGCCUGACUGUGAAAGGGUGUCGCCCAACAGGGACAACCUUGGGCAGCCCUGAUGCCUAUCUGUGCCCAUCUGGGGGACAGAGAGGGAUAAACCAUUCUGCAGACUGGUAUCCUCCCCUCUUCAUGUCCCCUGAAAUGUCCCACAUACAUGCAAUCAAAAUGCACGGGCCCAGGUUUCUUCUGUGGAACUUGUUCUGGGGGUGUAUGUGUGACAUCAUGCCUUCCCCACCAGCAAGGAGACCUUUGACCAGAGAGGAACUUCUGCGGACUCAUGUCCCAACUCCCAUGCUUUCUCUCUGCCUCCGAGGCACCGGGGAGCAGGAGACUGCUGCCCCAGAAAUCGCCACAUGUGCCUUUCCUGGGACCAAACUUGGCUGCUUCAGCAAGCACCAAUUCUUCCUCCCGUUGGACUGAAGUACUUUGGCAAGGUUCUAGGGCAUGAAGGGAGCAUGAAGUACAAGGAAAACUUGAAUUCCAGAUUUUUAAUGCAAAAUAUUUAUCGUUUGUACCAGAAAUAAAAGUUUUUAAAAAGGUUUCCCUCA